GACGCCGUCAGAGCCGGGCCCGCUGGUGGGCGAUGGUGCGCCCGCGCGGGCGGCUACCGGCGGCGGGGCGGCGGGCAUGAACGAGAAUGGAAGGGGAGGAUGAGGUGUCCCUGCGGGAGCAGCAUUUCCACAGCCAAGUGCGGGAGUCCACGAUAUGUUUUCUUCUUUUUGCCGUUCUCUACAUUGUCUCCUACUUCAUCAUCAUAAGAUACAAGAGGAAGGCAGAUGAACAAGAAGAUGAAGAUGCAAUAGUCAACAGGAUUUCGUUGUUUUUGAGCACGUUCACUCUAGCAGUUUCAGCUGGUGCUGUUUUGCUUUUACCCUUCUCAAUAAUCAGCAAUGAGAUCCUGCUUUCUUUUCCUCAAAACUACUAUAUUCAAUGGCUAAAUGGCUCCCUGAUUCAUGGUUUGUGGAACCUUGCUUCUCUGUUUUCCAACCUCUGCUUAUUUGUGUUGAUGCCCUUUGCCUUUUUCUUUCUGGAAUCAGAAGGCUUUGCUGGUUUGAAGAAGGGAAUCCGAGCCCGCAUUUUGGAAACUUUGGUCAUGCUGAUUCUUCUUGCCCUUCUUAUUCUCGGAAUAGUGUGGGUAGCCUCUGCACUCAUUGAUAAUGAUGCUGCCAGUAUGGAAUCUUUAUAUGAUCUCUGGGAGUUUUAUCUACCUUAUUUAUAUUCCUGUAUAUCACUGAUGGGAUGUUUGUUGCUUCUCUUGUGUACACCAGUUGGUCUUUCCCGUAUGUUCACAGUAAUGGGUCAGUUGUUAGUGAAGCCAACAAUUCUGGAAGACUUGGAUGAACAGAUUUAUAUUAUUACUCUUGAGGAAGAAGCACUCCAGAGACGACUAAAUGGAUUAUCUUCAUCAGUGGAAUACAGUAUAAUGGAGUUAGAACAAGAACUUGAAAAUGUGAAAACUCUGAAGACAAAACUGGAAAGGCGAAAAAAGGCUUCAGCAUGGGAGAGAAAUUUGGUCUAUCCUGCUGUUAUGGUCCUUCUUCUUAUUGAAACGUCCAUCUCCGUCCUCCUGGUGGCUUGUAAUAUUCUUUGCCUGUUGGUUGAUGAAACCGCAAUGCCAAAGGGAACCAGGGGCCCUGGAAUAGGAAAUGCCUCCCUUUCUACUUUUGGUUUCGUGGGAGCGGCACUUGAAAUCAUUUUGAUUUUCUAUCUUAUGGUGUCCUCUGUGGUUGGUUUCUAUAGCCUUCGAUUUUUUGGAAACUUCACCCCCAAAAAGGAUGACACAACUAUGACAAAGAUCAUUGGGAAUUGUGUAUCAAUCUUGGUUUUGAGUUCUGCACUGCCUGUGAUGUCAAGAACACUGGGAAUCACUAGAUUUGACCUACUUGGAGACUUUGGAAGGUUUAAUUGGCUGGGAAAUUUCUAUAUUGUAUUGUCCUACAACUUGCUCUUUGCCAUUGUGACCACAUUGUGUCUGGUCAGAAAAUUCACUUCUGCUGUACGAGAAGAACUUUUCAAGGCCCUAGGGCUUCAUAAACUUCACUUAUCCAAUGCUCCAAGAGAUUCAGAAACAACAAAACCUUCUGCAAAUGGACAUCAGAAAACACUGUGAGAUACACAGUGAGCAACUUUCUGCACUCAGAGAGCGAAGAACUCCAAACUCAUGACAUUCCUGUCGGUGAUGCCAAUGCUUCCUACUGAUGGUGGUUUAUAUUUAGGGUCGGCGUCACUUUUUCAUAAUUGACUGAGAACUUAACCAUUGCCGAUCUUUUUAAACUUUGACUUUGCAGUAGUUUCCAGUGAAAUCUAGAUUCCUUCAAGAGGUGUGUAACAGCAGUUUUCUGUGGACACAUUUGCUUGCAUCGCUAAAUAGAAUCGUUCACAGGAAAAAAAACCUUUUGCCUACCAUGAAACUGUUAGAAAAGGCAAACUUUGGGACUUUCUAAGGAGUCAUUUAAAUCUCAUCUUAUACUUUGUCAAAAUGUAUAGAUCUACACACAAGCAUCCUUUAUUUGAAGUGAUGGUUCUACAGGGAAAAAAAUUCAGUUUUCAGAUGCAGUAACAAUUGCUUAGAGUGCACUGAAUUUCAGUGGGUGUAUUGAAACUGUAAUUAUUGCCACUUAUCUUCAUGUCCUUAGGAAAAACAAAAGCCUAGCCUCUGAUUCAUGUUACUGAUAUUGAUUAGACUUUGAGACAAUGGAAAAUACUAAUUUCUUUAAAAAUAAGCCUUGGUAGGAAGCUACAAGAAUAUCUUACAUUGUACAGAGUGAUUAGCUGUGGUAGAAGUUAUUAUGUAAUCCUAAGUCUAUGAAAGUUGAUAUGUAUGGAAUUCAAUAUUACCUCUAAUAACAUAGUUGCCAGUGUUGAACACACUUGUAACUUAGAUUUUGCCUUAUAGGCUAUAUGUACACUCAGUUGCUUUGUUGUUGUUGUUUUUGUUUUUAGAGUUUACUUUUUAAAAAGUCACUUAAUUCUCUGUGCUUUGUGACUCUUAUGAAAAAUAUAAAUGCUCACUAAUAGAAGACACUCCUUUCAUCACAGUCUUUGGGUUUGGGUUACUUUGUGUAUGCCAAUUCAAAUGAUACAAGUUUACCAUUUUAAUACCCCAAACUCCCAUGUCAGCAUUCAUGAUGGAACAAUAGUUUUGGAGUGAGCUGAUAAUCAUUCAGCUCUUAAACUGUCAAUCAUUUUUGGGCUGGGUUUUUGACUUUAAGUCCACGGAAUAAAAUCACUUUAAACUUUAAAUUGAAAUUUAAACUCUGUGUUAACACCCACCAGGAUGGAUACCUAAAAUUUUGCAUGCAAAAGAUAUGAGAUGGACCCACGUACACACAAAAUCCAUAGUUAUGCAAUUUAUAUAAAAAUGUAUGUUCACACGCACUGUGUGUAUGAUAGUAUUGUCUGUGUUCAGACAAAAGUAAAGGAAAGUUUUUCUUAAAUUGUUGAAAAAAAAGAUUUUUGGAAAAAAGCAAGCAGAACAGGCAAUAUGCAGUUCUACCCUGUCCUGCAGGGUUGCUGUGAAUCAACAUCGACUCCAUGGCAGUGAGUUUGGAAUUUUGGUUUUAUGUAUUUGACAUCAAAACUUGCACAUAGAACUGAAAUAAUAUUUGAAAGUUUGUUUUUAUAUUUAUAAACUCCAUCUAGUAUAUCUGCCUGUGUAUACAUCUAUAUUCUUUUCUGGGCUUCUCUUUUAACAUUAAAGCUUGGUUUUAAAAUAAAAGAAUAUUUUGAUUCUAAGCAACACUCAGUAAACAUGACUAGUCAAAAAUUUGUGGAUUUCUCAACAGUGCAGUUGAUCUCCAUAUACCUGGACACUAAUAAAAAUUGGCUGCUUUCUCAUUUCACUGUUAAUUUUACCUAUUUAAGCAUUGAUUUCAUAUUUUGAUUUUACUGAGCUUGGGAUCCCUGCUGUGAGCAGACCAAAUCAGAGAAAAGAAAUUACCCCAGGUGUGUACUCAAGACUUUUACUCUAAAUUCAGGGCAUGCUCAAAAGAGUUCUUGAUUUUUAUAAGAUUUCUGAAAACUUGGAGUAAAAUAUUAAACUUUUCAAUGUUUUUAUCAACUUUUUUAUUUAUUUGAAAGUUUCUUUCUCUUUGAAGACUUAAGCCAGGUUUGGCCCAGUAACCUUAGUUAAAAUGUGUUAUAAAUCCCUGCAACUUUUAUUGAAUACUGUCUUUAUUGCUCUUGAAACUGAUGAGGUGUAAUGUGAAAGGAUAAUUUUAAAGAGUGAUUCUCUGAUACCUUUUAUAUAAACACAUUGUUAAAUACUCGAUCUACUUUAUAAUCCCAGUAACUUCAGGCUCUAAAAACAUCUCCUAUAUUUUUGAUCACAUACAGCAUAAUUUUUUUCCCCUUGAGAUUUACUUCAAAUACAGGUGCUUCCUUCCAUUGGACAUAUGGCAGUGGCUGGUUUGUAUGAAACAUAGGACAAAAAUGUAUGGCAAACUACUGACCCCUGUCCAAGCAAUAAGUGUUACUCUGAGGAUCUUCCUUCUGCUGCAGCGUGAUACACCAAUGAGAGGAGGAGGCAGAUAAACCCUCUAAGAGAGUACAACUGCCGGUGCAUUUACCUUUGGCAGGCCACGUGUAAGGGACUGAAUUAAGUCAAUUGGGUCCUUUUAUGUCUUCUCACCUCUAAUAUCUAUUUUUAAAGACAUUAGGCGCUGAAUCACAAAGUUUCUUGAGACUGAUUUUUAUCAAUUUAUUUUGUGACAUUUCAACAUUUCAAUGAAUUACCUUAAAAUUAGUUUUACAGAUCAUAGCUCUUGUCAUAACUUCUUAGGAUUUUCCAAGUUAUUUCCUUAAAUAUAUUUCCUUAGCUGUAUGAUAAUUCUAUAUUAAAACAGACUUGUUCUAAAUAUGAGACUUAAUGUGAAAAUUAUGCAUACACAAAGACAGUAAAACAUUAGCAACUAAGCUUGCUACACUGAGAAUUUAUUAGUGGAUACUGAUGAAGCCUUCUGAAUUGGUUUGAAUCUUAGGUGUAUUAAAGGUGCAUAUAUAACCACUCUUUCUAACAUCAGCAUCUGCCUUAGUAACAGUUCAGGAUAAUUACAGUCAACACAAAGGGUUAAGUCACUCAAAUGUUCGUGUAGGAUUUUUUUCCUUGUUGUUAGUACAAAAUUUACUGCACAAAAGUUGAAUUCUCAGACAAAACGUAUUGACUUUGUAAACUCUAAAUAUUAGUGUUUUAAUGUUAGGAAGCAUAUGUAAAUUGUUUUUGUUUAUAACUUCCACUGUGAAAUUGUCAUCUAGUCUGAUUUGUUUCUAUAAAAUACAUUGUUUUAGUUUUUAAAUGCUUUAAAAAUUAAAGUUUUGUAAAAAAGUGA